CAAAUAGCGAAAGUAUUUCCAAACAAAAUGUCGGCCCAAUGUCAACUGAGAAUAACGGUAUUGCUUUGUGUCAUUUUGGCCAUGAUCCAGGAGAAACAGGUGCCCGUGGAGGCCACAGUUCGUGACCUCUGCCAAUCGGUGCCGAGCACAAGCAAUGGCAUUUGUAUGCCCAGCACAGUGAAUAUAUACUACGAUCCGGAGACGCAGAAAUGUCGCUAUAUAGGGUGCAGUAACAAGAGGCACUCAGAGCUGGAGGACUGUGAGAAGAUCUGCAACAAUGCGCGGCACGUGAAGCGUCGCAAUCGGACAAAGGCCAAUGAGACCACGCAUUGAAAAUAUUUACAUAUAAAAUAUGAAAUAUAAACAUAAUGAGAGGACUUUGUUGUUCAUUUCUCGAGGGUGUGUUUCCCUCAGCUGCGACAGCAUGUUAAGCUUGGACUUUAUUGUUUAAUGAUUUUAAAUAAGUCAAGUU